ACUCCCCCUUGUUUGGGAUCAGCCACCUCCUGACCCAAAGGGACAGCGCAGAGCGGCAGCGGCAGCACUAGUGACCCUGAGACGGAAGAGGAGGAGGGAGUAAGAGGGUCCCCUGAGAAGUACAUGACCCCAUUGGUCAAACGACUCUACAAUAGAUUCGUCUCUCCAAGAACGGAUUCUGUGCAGAGGAAGAGGGUGCCUGUGGGUCAAGAGAGCCCCCUGUGCUCGACUGACCCCAAAAGGAGACUCAAAUGCUCAUCCGAAGAUUCCUCCUCGGAUACUGGGGUGGAGGGAAGCUGUGGGGGAGGGAAAAGCAUGCAGCAGGAUGCAGUAUCAAGGACAACAACAGCAGUAGCUGUGAGAGGAAUGGAUACUGAGAAAGAUGGGACGAAGAGUGGCUUGGAGGAGGAGGAGGAGGAUGGGGGUAGUGGGAGCCUGGUGGCUGAUUGCAAUGAGGAGAAGAGAAAAAGAGAUAGAGGGAGAGAAGGAGAACCAAGAGAGAGAAGAUGUGGAGAGGGGGAAGACAUCUCUGAGAGCGAGGGGGGUUUGAGAGCUGGCAACUCCUCCAAAGGCAGUGAGAGCCUAGCCCUGUUGCUCUCUGACUCUAGUCAGGACAGGUCAGGUAGCUCAGAGGAAGCAGUUCUGGGCAGUAGAAGGAGCAGCAGCAGGCGCAGAAAGUAUGGGGAUAACACACAGGAUUCAGGAAGUGAAGAAAGUUGCGCUGUAAAAAAGAAAUCCUCUUCACCGGGCAAAAGAGCAAUAUCUCUCGUAAACAAUUUUGUGUCAGGAAAUCUGGAAGGUACUGUUGUGGCAGGUCCAGCACAUGGAGAGGUGAACACAGAACAAGAGGGUAGCACAGAGCCAGGGGGAAAUAAGAUGAGGAGACAAAGCAUCUUGAAGAAGGCAGAAAGCAUGGGCAAACAGGGAGGCAAGGAGAAGCGCAAGUCUGUCUCCAUUGGUGGGGCAGACAUCUUGGAAGUGGAGGUAUUGCACAGCCCUGUGAGAGAGAAGGCCGUAAAUCAAAGACUUCCCCCUACACUCAGCUCCCCGUCCUUUGGGGUGACCUCCUCCCAGCUCCCGUCCAGCCUCCCUGCUUCACAACUGCGUGGCCACAGGCUCUUCAACAUGGACCCAGUAGCACCUUCACAGGACCUCAUUGUCCCAUCAACGCCUGAGGAUCCCAAGAAGUUCCUGCGCAGACCCUACACGGACCUGGUGAUCCGGGGCAGCAAGACACAGCGCACAGCCCUAAAGAACCAGAAGGGAGGCAGCCUGAGCAGCCUACCACUCCCCAGGAAUCCUUCUCCUGGCCGGCGGGCUGCGGGCUCUUCUCAGGUCAAGAAGAGCACCCGGGGAGCCUCUACAGUACCUGUGCGCAGGUCAAUGCGGCUAAAUGCAGCACCUGUCAAAAAGAAGUCUGAGGAUGAGGAUGUCUUCAUGGGUUCAGAGGAAGAGGAGGAAUUCCUGGCCCGGUCCCGGAUACCCCUUCUGCCACGGCCUCGCAGGUCCACAGAGGAGUUCCAGCAUGCAGGCGAGCUCAAGGCCAAGGGCAAGCGGGGGCGGCGACCCAAGGGAGACAGCCUGCCCUCCCUCUACGUGAGCAGCGUCCAUUCCAAAGAGAAGACCAGCCUCCUCCCCGUCAUCAUGAAGCUGGGUGGGUUCCGCGUGACUUCAGUGAUCGAUGCAUCGACAUCCCAUGUGGUGUGCGGGGAAGCACGGCGCACAUUGAGCCUAUUGCAAGGCAUUGCAAGAGGUGCGUGGGUUCUGGACUCAUCGUGGGUAUAUGAGUCACUUGAGCUGGGUCGAUGGGCACCAGAGGAAGCUUUUGAGCUCUUCAUGGCUUUUCCAGGGGCCAAGAUCUCACGGCUACAAAAGCAGGAGCGAGGCAGAAAAGGGAAUUACACCCAAACACUCUUUUCUGGAGUGGGUUCCAUCUAUGUUUCAGAAGGAUGCACUCCUCCCACAGACCAACUAAGGAACCUCCUUGAGCUAACAGGGGCCAAAGUGGUGUCCCAUUCCCGCUCCGCCAACCUGGCCAUCGGACUCCCUCCUUCCUCAUCUUCAGCCCCAUCAGGUUCGUCAGGAACCCGCCCCCUGAAAGUCACCCACCUGUCAGAGAAGUGGGUCCUUGACUCAAUUCAACACCACAAGAUACAGGAUUUUGCUGAGUAUGUGCUGUCAGAGGCAAACGGAGGUAGCAAAGGGAGUUCAGCAUCAUCGGGCUCCAUCUCUUUGGAGGAGGAGGAGGAGGAGGAAGGGUGAGCCGCAGGGAAGAAGUAAGAAGGAACAGGGAUCGAGCUAUAAGAGGUCAUUUUUUGUACUGUGGUGUCUUUUUUUUUUUUUUUUUUUUUUUUUUCCCCUUAUUGUUACUAUUGUUGGUAGUCAUAAGAAUAUUUUUUCCUUUUUUAUAUUUCAAAUGUCUUUUCUCGUUUGUUGUUUGUUUUGUUUUUUGGCAUUUCAUUCUUCCUUCUGUCCAUGCCUAUAGUUUUUAUGAUUUAGUUUAGGAUUUUAGCAAUCAUCUGCUUGUUAAAUCCAAGUGUAGAAUGGACAUGCUCAAUCUUUAACCUCUCAAGUACAAUUGCACUCAUUUCUUGUAAUAGAAAUAAACCAGAGUUUCACAUUAUGUACAUAUUUCAGGCAGAAUUGAUCCCAGGUGUCCUGGGCAACCACCCACGGUAACCCAUUGUUAUCGGGUACAUGUACUGUUCACUGUAUUUUUGUAUAUUUCUUUACACAUAGAUGGCUCCAUAAGCGGUAGGGAGGACUACCUAGCCUAACCAGAUUACCCCAUUCCUUGAAUUUUCAGAAA